GAGGGGAUUCAUUUGAAUGGACGCUUACUUUAAAACUGCGCGCAACUAGCAGAACAUCCGUCUUGUUUGCAGUACGUUUACAAGGAUAAGAUUGAGCAGGAUUUUUGAGCAAGACAUUCUAAGGAUUUUUUUUUUUGCCUUUGCAGUGUGUUAAUCAAAUCUAGAGGAUUCAGCAAUGGGCAAGGAGGCAAGACCUUUGUGGGAAAAUCCUGUGCAGUUUGUUCUAGCAUGUGUCUCUUAUGCUGUCGGACUUGGCAAUGUUUGGCGAUUCCCAUAUCUGUGUCAAAUGCACGGUGGAGGUGGAUUUCUGAUCCCAUAUCUAAUCAUGUUGGUCCUGGAGGGCAUUCCACUGUUCUACAUGGAGCUGGCAAUUGGACAAAAGACGCGACUGGGCAGCAUCGGGGCAUGGAAUGCCAUCAGCCCCUACCUUGGAGGAGUGGGUAUAGCAAGUGUUAUGACAUCCAUGUUCCUGUGUUUGUACUACAAUAUAAUCAAUGGAUGGGCCUUCUGGUACCUCUUUCAUUCAUUCCAGGCAGUGCUACCCUGGGCAGAUUGUCCAUUAAAUGAAAAUCAGACAGGAUACCUGCAUGAGUGUGAGGUCGCCACACCCACGCAGUACUUCUUCUACAGGGAGACCCUUAAUAUCACUUCCUCCAUCAAAGAGAAUGGGAGCAUUCACAUGGGCCAGGCACUGUGCCUCCUGCUGGCCUGGAUGAUAGUCUAUCUCUUCAUUAUACGAGGGGUUCAGUCCACUGGCAAGGUGGUGUAUUUUACAGCUACCUUCCCCUACCUGGUCCUGAUCAUCUAUUUGAUCCAAGGACUCACACUUCAUGGGGCACUGAAUGGCUUGUCCUACAUGUUUACUCCUAAGAUGGAGCAGUUGGCCAAUCCCACAACAUGGAUCAAUGCUGCCACUCAGAUAUUAUUCUCCCUCGGCCCAGGCUUUGGCUCCCUUAUUGCCUUUGCUAGCUACAACCAAUACAACAACAACAUUGAGCAGCAGGCCAUCAUAGUCUCCUUGAUUAACAGUGGCACAUCCAUCUUUGCUAGCAUUGUUACUUUCUCCAUCUAUGGUUUCAAAGCUACAUUAAACUAUGAGAAUUGCCUGGAAAGGGUGAGAGUGCUGCUUUUAAACACCUUUGACAUGGCAGAAGACACCAUCAACAUGGACAACAUCAAUUACUGGGUAGCAGAGCUGAACCGCACAGAUCCAGAACAGUUUGCAAGUAUAUCCUCAAAACUAGACCACUGUGAUCUGCAAGCUGAGCUGAACACGGCUGUGGAAGGUACAGGUUUGGCGUUUAUUGUCUACAGUGAGGCCAUAAAGAACAUGCCAUUGCCCCAGCUGUGGUCUGUACUGUACUUCUUUAUGCUGCUGAUGCUUGGGAUGGGGAGCAUGCUGGGAAAUAUCACAGCCAUCCUCACUCCACUACGUGACUGGAAACUUCUGUCCAAGUACUCCAAUGAGAAGUUGAGUGGUUUGGUGUGCAUUACCUGUUUUCUCCUUGGCCUGGGCUUCACAACCCCGUCAGGCAACUACUGGUUCACCAUCUUCAAUGACUACGGUGCAAGCCUUUCCCUGCUCUUCAUCGUUCUUGUUGAGGUCAUCAGUGUUUCCUACGUAUAUGGAAUAAAGAGGUUUGAAAAGGAUAUUGAAGACAUGCUGGGUCAUAGACCUAAUUGGUACUGGAAGAUCAUGUGGGUGGCUGUUAGUCCUGUGCUGCUGAUUGGACUCUUCUUAUUCUACAUUGUCAACUACAUAAUGGGAGGCACACCCACUUACCAAGCUUGGGACAAAGACCUGGGCCAGUCGGUGACUGUGCCAUUCCCUGCAUUUGCACAGGUCUUCAUCGGCUUUCUCCUGAUAUCCUCCAUGGGGUGUAUCCCCCUGGUGGCUCUCUACAGAUUCUGGCAAAAGAAGAGACUGGGGGUUGAGGUUGUUGACAACACUUUGUCCGCUUAAAGUUGGAGAGAAGUUCUGAGACUCUGUGUGGGGGUCGGGACUGCACUUCAGUCCACAGAAAAAUGUCAAAGGGCAAAAAGUUCCUCACUGUGUGCCACCCUGGUUUAAAUGUGGUACAGAGUAUACAUUCAGAGCAUUACUUCUCCUUCUAAGUUGCACAUACUCAAGUAUACAGGCUUUUUGCCCCUCUGGCACACUUCACGGCCAUUGGUUCUUUGGUGAUAGUAGCUUCAAUCCUAUUAUAGUAUUUACAUUAGUUCAUCAUGGUAUUUUAACAUUAAUUAUGGUUCAAACUAUUGCUGCGUUUCCCACUUUCGAUGUACCUUAACGUUCUACGAAGGUUUUUAAGGUAUACCUUUCAAAGGGAGCUUGCUAUUUUGCGAGUGUUUCUCAGACUAUACCUUAGCAGUUGCCUUAUGGGACAGUUUCAAAGGUACGUUGUAAGUUGGAGCUGGCCUUCACUGUGCUGCUGAAAAGUGUAUCAAUCGAUGCCACGCAAAUCGAUUGUCUCACUUGUAAAGGCUUAUGAAUGAAGUUUUAAUAUAACAAGUGUCAUAAUCAUUUUA